ACCGAGGCAGGAGGUGAGCAGCGGAGAGUUUGGCUGCACUCUCCGUCUUCUUCGCUUUGUGUUUCGGAGCUCCGGACCCCGAGGCGACGCGCUCAGAGGAGAGAGCCGAACAUGAGGAGCUGCGGCCGGCGUGCUGACUUGAGGACUGAGGACGCGCUUUAUUCCCCCGCAGGGCAGCAGGAGUGAAGCGAGUCUGCAGAGGAGACCUCAGGUGACGACAAUUGUUUAAGCAGCAGCCGUUAAGCAGCCUGGAGCCCUAACGAACCACAAAUUUAAGCAUUUAGCCGAGAAACACCACAAGACGGGGACACUGUGGAUAUUUUGCAAGCACGGACAAGCAGCCAGGGUGCAUGAUGGGAUCUUUCCGGCGUCCCAGGCCCCGGUUUAUGAGUUCUCCGGUUCUGUCGGACCUCGCCCGGUUCCACGCCAGCUCACCUUCGCUACAGCUCUCCAACACCAGCGUGUGGAACAGCGUCCAAUCAGCUGUGAUCAAGGUGUUCCAGGGUGGAGCGCUGCAGACUAACGAGCUGUUCACGCUGAACGAGAGCAUCAGGUGGCUUCUUAAAACAGAGAUGGGCUCCUUUAUCACCGACUACUUCCAGAACCAGCUGCUGACUCGAGGGUUGUCUGAAGUCCUGGACCAGGUCCUUCUCCACUCUGGUGAGAUGGGCGAUGACCAGCUCGUCGCCCUCGCCGAUAUGUGGAGCAGAUUCUUCACAGAGAUCCUCCCCACCCUGCAGGCCAUCUUCUACCCCGUCCAGGGUCAGGAGCUGACGGUGAGGCAGAUGGCUCUGGUGGCCUUCAGAGACCUGGUGCUGCUGAAGCUCCACCUGGAGGAAACUCUGGGAACUGCAGCGUCCGUCCCUCCACCUGUCACACAGAUGCUGCUGGUGCUGCAGGGCAUCCAUGAGCCCGGCGGUCCCAGUUUGGAGUAUUACCAGUUGGAGCGUCUGGUGGAGAUCGUCGUGUCUCCGUACCUCAGCAACGUUCUGGAAAACAGAAACCAGCCAAGGUUUGAGUCCCGCCACCUGCGGCCGUCGGGGUCGUUCCACGGCGACAGGCCCCAGCCAGAGAUCACCGUCACUCAGCAUCACAACUCCUCCGACUCCUCGUCGCUGGCUCCGCUGGUGGAGCAGGAGGGCGAGGCCUACCUGGAGAAGUCGGGCGGCGUGCGGCGCCACACGGUGGCCAACGCGCACUCUGACGUCCGGUUGUUGUCGGCGUCGGGCAGGAUGCAUGCCGGGACAAAGAAGGACAACGGGGUGGGGGUGGGAGAGGGCGAGGAGGACGUGGGGUUUUUGGUGGGGGGCGAGCGCAUGAGUCCCAGGCCGUUCUCCAGCCAACCGGACAUGGUGGAGUCUCCGAGGAGCGGCGUUAUCCGCUAGCCGGGAGCGGCUAAUGAGACGGUACAGGACGAGGUGUGGACGCGGUCUAACGGGAGAAUUAAAAACAAGACGAGGAAACAUUACAGCAACAGGCUCAGCCAGAACCUGACAGGAAAUAAAAAAACAAGCAGCGGAGAGAGAACAGAACCGGACAAAAACCAGCCAGAUAGGACACGAGAGACCCAAAGAAAACAGGACGAGACACCAGAAGUAAAAUCACAGAAGAAGACAGGAAACACAAUAAACCAACAAUAAAUGAAAGGAUGGGAAACAGGAAGUGUUCCCACAGAGCUCCCAGCAGCAGGAGGAGGAGCUCCGGCUCCGAACUGGGAAGACUGAUCUGAACCAGCAGAGACUCUGGUGCUUACUGAAGUGCAGCAGUGCUGAUCCAGGAUCAGACUCUGCGUCUUCACGUUUGCUCUAAUCCUGUGGACAGAACCGGACUACGGGUCCUGGUUCUGCCUCAGACCUCUCUUCAGGUCAUGUAAAUAUGUUCUGUUUUUAGGAUUGUUAAUGAAUAAUAAAAAUGGUUGAAACUAAUUCAGACACAA